AGGGGCGAGAACAAUAACAUCAUUCCAGCUUAAAAAGAGUGCAGCUAUGCGUCGAGGAGCAAAAGCAUCUCUCAGAGGGAGGGAGGAGGACGGCGCGUCUGUGGCUCUGGAUCUCGUCUUGUUGUGCCUUGUCAUCCUCGCCUCAUCCAUCCGCCGACAUGCCCAAAGGAUUCCUGGUGAAAAGGAACAAGAAAGCAGCGCUCGUUUCGUACCGGAUACGCUCGGAUGAGGAUGGAGGAUCCGCUCCAGAAUGUCAAAUCGCCGCGUCUCCACCUGCGCCCAGCGCCCCCAUGCCGGACAGCAUCACCUCAGCCUUCCCGUCGGACGGGGCAGAGGCGCCGGUGUCGGUCCACAGCGCCAAGCCGGUGCAGUUCGGCAACCCGGAGACGGUGUACCAAGCCCUGUACAGCCCCACCCGACCCAUCAGCAAGGAGCAUGACAGGAAAUAUUUCGAGCGGAGUCUCAAUCUCGGCUCGCCCGUCUCUGCCGAAUCGUUCCCGACUCCCGCCUCUCUCACCAGCCUGGACCAUCAUCUUCUGUUUGCGCCGGUCGACUUAAAAAUCGGCACCAGCAACAGUAACCGGAGCGGAACGGCGUCUGCCAUCAGAACCGGCGCCAAAAGACCUUCUUCUGACGCCGCCGAGCGUAAAAGCAGCAAAAGCGCCAAGAAACCCAAAGCCAUACGCAAACUCAACUUCGAGGACGAGGUAACCACAUCCCCGGUGCUGGGCCUGAGAAUCAAAGAGGGGCCCGUGGACCUCAAGCCCCGAGCGGCCUCGGGCAACACCAACAAGCCCCUGGGGGAGGUCAUCUGCCAGCUUUGCAGAGAAGAAUACUCGGACCCGUUCUCUCUGGCACAGCACAAGUGCUCCCGGAUAGUGCGGGUGGAGUACAGGUGUCCCGAGUGCGAGAAGGUCUUCAGUUGUCCGGCGAACCUGGCCUCCCACCGGCGCUGGCACAAGCCGCGCGUGCCGAGCGCGCCCAAACAAGCCCUCCAACCCGCCAAACCUUUCCCCGAAGAGUUCCCCAGCGACAGAGACUCCCCGAGUCCGGGUCUGUCAGAAUCCGGCUCCGACGACGGGCUCUACGACUGCCAGCACUGCGGGAAGAGAUUCAAGCGCCGAGCCUACCUGAGGAAGCACAUCCUGGGACACCAAGCGCUCCAAAAUCAAAUCCUCGGACCGGCUUUUCGCACCACAGAGAGCCCCGACAUCGUGCCCUCGGAGGACAGCCAAAGCCCGGGUCCGCUCAAUCUAAGCUCCGCGGACUGUCUCGCGUGUCCGGCUUGCGGAGAGAAACUGCCGAACCGGGCGAGUCUGGAGCAACACCUGCGCCUGCUGCACGUCGACUCCCAGGCGUUUCCCUGCAAGUUCUGCCCCGCCACUUUCUACAGCUCGCCGGGUCUCACCAGGCACAUCAACAAAUGCCACCCCACCGAAAACAGGCAAGUCAUCCUUCUCCAGAUGCCCGUGCGUAACGCCUGCUGAA